GAAAACACAAGCGCAUAAAUGUCUCCCCGCGAUAUUUUCUGGAGAAAUGACUUCUACAAAUGAUGAAAAAGACAUAAAAAGUAAUCAAACGAGUGGCCAUAAAGGCAAAUCAUAUUAUAUUGAGCUUUAUAAGUCGCUGGACGCGCAGCUAAACGCGAGCAGCAACGCGCGCGCAGUGGGCGCAGCGUGGCGGUACGUACAUACGCUCUGCUUGCACUCAGCGCCGUCCACGCACCACCUUAUCAUCGCCUGGAUCCAGAAGCACUGCGCUCAGCUUGUGCUGCAGUCCGAAUGGCAAUCACCAAAGAGCAAAGAGGAGCACAUUACCCUCGAAGAGGCCCUCGACAUCUUCCUCUGCGAGAGCCAAGAGGCUAUAAAUAACAGAAAUGGCUACAGUAUCCCCUGGGAGACCGAGCUGCGGCAACGGGCCGUGUGGUUCAAAAACAACUUGGCCAAGCCCUGGGAUCAUCCAGUGCUUAGGGUCUUGCUGGAUCCCAGGGCCGUACCACCCAGCACUGAAGAGAUUUUAGGAUGGUUGAAAGUCGAGGGAGGCGUAAUGUUCGUAACGCGGCUGCGGCAGCUGGCGGCGUCCAAGUGCGACGACUUGGCGACAAAUUUGGCGUCAGCCGUCAUGAACAAAGUGCGCGCGGAGAAGAGCAUUAUUCCUGAUAUUGAGCAGAUUGAUGAUAAAGCGCCGUUGAACAGUACUUACCAGUUGGUGGAGCGGCUCCAGAGCCGCUUGGAAGUUUUUCCGAAAGAGAAGAAGUUGUGGAAAAAUGCCAAAGAUGUCGCGAUACUUGUUACACAGGUGGUAAUCGCCCGCUGCAUGGUAAUCCCGGAGUGCAACGGCUCAGCGCGCGGCGCGCUGUACUGGUGCGCACGCGCACUGGCGCGGCUGCUGCCAGCCGAGCGUCUGCCGCACGCCACGGCCACUCUGGCUGCGCCCGCCGCCACGGCGCGCCACCUGCACACCUUCGCCACUGCCGUGCACGCGCAGCAGAGCGCUGCCGGAGAAAUGAAGCCGUUCGUGUGCGAACUAUAUGUACGGGCGAUCACAUUCGGCAUGAAUGAGCUUGAGAAACACAAACUGACCAUUGAGAAGGAGAAAGAAGCCCGGGCAUUGGAGCAAACGCUGGCGUCGUGGUUCGUGCAGCUAGGGCAGCUGUUAGGCGCCAGUGCGCGCAUGCGCGGCGAGUGCGCCUUGACCGCCUUCUCCGUGCACCCGUCGGCGCAGAUGUACGAGCGCGUCAAGGCUAUGCCGAUGUUGCCGCCCGUCGCUAGGGACACUCAAGAAGAACAAAAGGCACCAGAGGCAACCUCCGAAUUCGGUAGCUGGGCGACCGACAGUCGCUCGCAGACCAAUUUUGUGAAAACUUCCGAGACGUUAAACCUGAAGCAUACACAACAGCAGGCGAAUGUUUUGUCUACCACGAUAUUGAAUGAAGGCGAGGCGUUGGGUCUGAGUGCGGAGUUGUGUCAGGACAUCGCUGUUCUUUUGUCUGGACCCAGAGUGAAAACUCUUUCUUGGGACAUGGACAGAGCUGGCCUGCUAGAGAAUUGUCGCGUGUACAUGGAGCGCACGGGCGGUGGCACACGCGCGCUCACCACCGAGCUCAAGUACCUCAACCUCGACCUCACAAAGUUCCAGCACCUGCCUGAAGAGGAAGACGACGAGAACAACAUCUACUAUGGCAUAGAGAAAGGUUAUGAGCAUCAUAUCGAGUUUGAACCCCAACCUGAACAAAUCUGGCAAAACUUAGCGUGGGACAAUGAACGGACAGAAAGCGCGGACUCCAGCUCAAAUGAGUACUACGACAUUGUGUCAAGAAGUAAGAAGAAGAUCAGGCACAUAGCAGACUUAUCGGGAGAUGACUGCGACCCUCUUAGUCUAGUCGCAGAAGUCAAAAGAUCGGAAAAGAAGAAGGAAAGACCACACAGCAAAGAAAGAAGUAAAGAAUCUAUCGAAUCUUCUAAGAAACCAAAGUCCAAGGACUUGAACGAAGCGGGAAGACAAAAAGAAAGGUCGAUCAGCAAAGAACGCCAGAAGGAGAUAUCAGGAUCACAAAGCCACGACAGCACGAAAGUAAGAUCUAAGAGCAAAGAAAAGAAGGAAAAGAAAAAAGAAAAGAAGGAACGCAAGAAAAAGAAAAAAGGCAUGGCUGAACUUGUUGGAUUGAAAGUCGCUAAUUUUGAUAUUCAUUCUACAAUUUUAAAAGACCAUAAGAGAGCAGACAACCUGUGUAUCACCGAUAGCGAUUACGAUAGCCAAGGGAAAUCAUCUUUGAACUCUGAAGAGAAUGACCCAAAUGUUGAGUAUGACGGGCAGUUCUCUAUGGAUGAAUUGAAAUUGAAAUCUCCCGACAGACCAGUGGAUGAUGUUGUGAAAAACACUAAUCUCUCCAAGAACUUCGAAAUGAGAGUAUCCACUAGCGGGGUUACUGUAAAUAGUUUUUCUUCACCACAAAAAGAUUUAGAAAACAAGCUCCAAAUUUGUACAAAUAUUGACAAAACAACUGCACCUUCUUCUAAUGCAUCUACUACUUGUCAAGUUAACGCAAAUAAAGCCUUGCGAGAACAAGUAAAGCAAAGUAUAAAUAAAUUAAUGCAAUUCAGAAAACAGAAGCAGGCAGAUGCACAUAAAAAUGCUGCACCAAAUCAAACUUUUCAAAAUACACACACUGAUAACGUUAUUCGACAAAAACCUCUUACAAUGUCCACACUUGUCGGUUCCAAAAUAAUGAAGACUUCAAAAAUCACAAUAACCAAAAAGCACACAGAGCAACUACACGCAUUGAAGACGGAAGGUGCCAAUAAAACUGCACACAAGAGAAAAACCUACAGCAAAAACAAUGGAACUUGUUCUAGGACAUUACCAUUUGAUGUAUAUCGUAAAAACCUAUCCAAAUCACAGCAAACUAUAGAUCAAAGAAUGCAGUCUCAAAGCUUAGCCCAACAAUCACAAAUGCCAGAACCUACCCGAAUCGUGGCACAGGAUUUGACUAUUCACCGACCUGGAACUUCAACCGCGUACAUUGAGUCUCAGAGAGUUCCAAUAAAAACACAACAAGUAAAAGCAGAUACCCAUUUGAAGAGUUACGAGCAAUUCCUAAAGGAAUUGCAAACGUGCAACAAUGCGGGUUUGUUCAUGUCAGAAGAAUCUGAUAGACAGGACGAAAGGGAAAGAGUUAGACGGGAGAUUCGACCCGUAUCGCGAGUGACGCCGAUUGUGCCUCAUAUUGUGCUUAAUGGGGCUUCGAAACAGAUACCGACCGUACCAAGUACAUCUAGUACUAACAUAUCGAGGCCACAAAUAAUUACGAACGUUCCAGUUCCAAGAGUUGUCCCAGUCGCACCAAAUGUGACUAACAUUCCUAGAGUUACACCAACGCCUACCAUACCCAUUACGACACCCAAACCAGAAACAAUUACGUCUCAAAGUGCCAAACUACAUCAAAAGAAAGCAGAGAAUGCACCACAUACCUUCGCGCGUCUUAGCUAUCUGCAUAAGAACAAACAAGGUGAGAAACCCAAGCAAAUUUCUGAUGUUACAGCGCAGUUGAAUCAGCAAAUUUCUGCGGAGUUAGACAAACGUAUCGCUGAUUUGAGAAUUGCUAAAAUCUUACAAUCUAAAACAGAUUUAGUCGUUAAUCGACAUGCGAGUCAAACAAUGAAAAAUAAUCCAAAGGUAGAAGUGCAAAGAGAACCAAUGGCAAAUACGACUUUGUCAACAGAACAUAAGAUUAUUUCCGAUAUGCUGAAAAACAAUAAUGCAACCAGUGUAAUAAAAAAACAUAACUCUAAGGUCGGAGUUCAGCAAAAAGUUACUCCUUGGGAAACCCCGAGAACAGUAAUAACGACGUCGUCUAAAGCUUCAGCACUCUGUGAAAGAGAUCAGCAAGACCUAUUGUUAUUGUUACGACAACAAAGCAAAAUGAAUGCGACACGGUCAUUGCAAAAUGAACAAAAUCCAAACAAAUUUACAAAUCUUUCAGAAAGUUCAUCUGUUUCAAAAGUAUCCGGUGGCCAAUUAAUUAAACAAAUUCAAUCUGUAAAUAAGACUCAAACAACAGAAGUUAACUCCACAGUCGUAAAAUCAGGUUUGACUGUGAGUGAAAACAACACAUCAAACAAACCUAACAUUGCAAAGUUAACAAAAGUCAGACGACCACAAAAGACGAAAAAUACCCCAGUUUGUUUAAACGUUUCGAACAGGGAUGAGGAUGCUUUAGAAAUAAACAAGUCGUCGUCCAAGAAGUACUCAUCGGACCUUCUUAAUUUUGACAAUGUUAUAAAGCAAAGCAGAGUAAACAGCAACGAGUCUAAUCAGGACUGGACGAAAGUACUGGACGCUUUGAGAGCUCAAAAGACACCAAGUCGAGAUCCGAGCGCCGUAGACGUGUUCUUAAGGAAAGACUCCUUUGAAAAACAUUCUAAAACGGAUACAAUAAUAACCCCGAUUACAAAUAACAGCGAAUCGGUGGUCAAAAUACCUAAUGCAAUACUGACAGUUCCGGUAGUUUCACAGAACAAACCUGUACCAAAAUCUACUCAUCCGAUUACAUCGGAUCUUGAAAACCAGACUACUAUUAAAAAAACAGAGUCACCUGCAAAAGAUGGUGAAAAACAAAAUAAUCAAUUUGAGCGUGAAAUGUCUAAAGAAGUAGAUCCGUUUAUAUCGGGAAUACCUAACUCUGACUACGAAAUUUUAGAGGAACUAAUGGAUGAUGAUUUGCGACAAGAAAUAGGAGAACUGCUAUCGGAGGAAGAAAGUUUUCCGCCAACAUUCUCCAAAGGACCGAAGAUUAAUGCCAGUAUUAAAAACACAAACAGCAACAUUAAGAGUGUUACCAUCAAAAAACCCAAUUUGGUUUGUAAAAACCCUGAAAGUGCCCAAAAACGUUGUGCAAUCCAUGCUCCUACUACGACUCCUACUGUUUUACCAUUGCCCGUAAAUGCUGGAGUUAAUCACGAUACAAAACCAAAUUUAAAUAUUGGUCUAAAUUCGAAACUAAGGAUUUUGUCGAACGAAAAAGUGGAAAUGUAUAAAAUGCCAGAACUGGCAACUCGAACCACAAAUGUGGUUCAUCACUUUCCGAAGGCUACGAUUCCAACCCAGAAAGUUACUACUUCCUUUACUAUUAGUAAUGGCAACUUCAACAAAAAUCAAGUUCCACUACAGAGUAAUGCAUGUCCGUCUAACGUGUAUGUUACUACUGUAUCACAACCAACACCUAAUGUAGUUGUUCUUGGCUCAGAAGAAGUUUAUGAACCGUUCAGUGUUUAUUGCAAUGUGAAUCAAACUUCUUACAUUACUAUGAAUGCUCCUAAUGUUAAUGUGUACCAACCGACCCAACCGCUAUAUGUUCCACCUGCUGCAUCUCUAUUGGUAGGCAAUACAAUUACACUCAACACUAUCAACACGAAUGCGACGGCUUCUGCUAAUGCUGCUCAAAGAAUACUACAAAAUGUCACGAUUCCUGUCGCGCCAGCGACAGUAUUACCGAAAGUAACGCAAACAAUACUAACUAAUCUAGUUGAAAAUAGUCUUACUGCUGCUUAUGACGCGAGUCAAAACACGCAACAUAACACGGCUAGCCCAAAAACGCAAGUUAAUGUUCCUGCACAAAAAUUAAAAUCCCACUUUGCUAAAGAAACCGCACAAGCUAAUGAAAUAAUUAAAAAUUCUCAACAAAAACCAUUCAAUUUGAACAACAAUACCAAAAGAGCAAAAAAUGUUGCGCCUCAGACUUCUAUAAAGGAAACAGUAUCACAUAAAAAUACUGACGUAAGAGAUGAAAAAAUGCUACUUAAAAACAAUAUUGAUAGACUCGUUUCGAAGCGAUUGGCGAUCCGCAAUAGAGAAGUAAAUAAUCAAUGGUUGAAUCCGCCUAUUCCGUUAAAUUAUUCUCCUCUUAGACCAGUACAGGAAGACAAGAUGGUGGAAGGUACUACAAAAAACCAGAACUUCGAUAACAAAACUCAGGAAAAUGAAAAAGUUAUCAAAGAAGUAAUUGAUCAAAUUGCUCACGCAAUGAAUGCAGCUGGUAUUACUACAACAGACACAGGAGCAAAUAGUAAAACAAAUGCAUUUGUUAAUCUUUUAUCGCAAAAGUUGCUUAAGAAUUCUUUGUCAUCCUCGCAAAAUUCUGCAAAUAACUGUACUAAAACUAUAAACGCUAUGGCAUUGCAACAAGCAUUGGCGCAAAUUUUACCACCACCGCUGAAUCAGACUAACAACACAGAAAAUAAUCAGCCGAAUCAAAAUGCUAUAGCACCUCAAGUAUUGCAUAUUGUACAAGGUAAAAAUACGGCGGGAAAUCAAAUUACCUUAGUGGAUAAUUCACAACCAUCUGUUAUUAAUACCCCAAAUGCAACUCCUGUACUUCAUAUUGUUCAGAAUAAAAGUGCUACUUCAGGACCUACUACAAAUGGUGCUCCAACUCAAGCAGGGAACUCCUUCAGUGGAUUGUCUUUAGUUGACGCUGGUCUACAACAAGGAGGUAACCAACUUCUUCACAUAGUGAAUACAGGAAAUCAGAAAAACAAUAACGCCGGGCAAUUACUUAAACGCGUGAAUUUAUUAACAAAUCUUCAAGGAUCUAAUGAGCAAAAAUUGGUACAAUUUGUGUGCAAAUCUGCAGAUGGAAAGUCAAUUCAACUGAAUGCAAAUCAACGAGGUAUGGUUUUGCGACUGCAGCCCAUCGAGACUCCUAAUGUACAGACUACAACGCCAAAGCUUGAAAACCAGGAGUUAAGCCCUACAGCCCCUCCUACAUCUGGUAAAGAUUCUACUAGUCAACAGGAAAUAAAAUCGCGUUCUGUGUACGAAGAAAAUUAUGCUAAAUUCAUUCAAAAUGUAGCGACGAAAACUCAAAUUCUAGAAAAGUCUACUAGUUUGCCCAAGUUCAACCAAGCUUUUGGUAAACAAGUAUUCCAAGAUGGAACUCAGAAGCAAAAUGACAUGGGUAAUAAUUUGACUUCAGUGAAUGUUACAGAGAAUUCCGAAUGCACUCCGCCUGCAGAAAAUUCAAUUAAUUUAGAUCACAUUGGACCAAUAGGUAGUCCGCCCCUACUUUUGAGAAAACCAACGCAUACGUCUCAACCUCAACCUAUGCAACAAAUGAAGCAAACCAUUGCUCCGAUGAACAUUCAAACAAUGCACGGUGGUGUUAUUUACACACGCCAAAUACCAGUAAACAUUGCUGGAGGACAAACAAUAAACCUUAUAGUACCCAGCACUGAAUUUGACGAAUCUAAUCAGAAACAGCAAUCAGAUGUGAAGUACCAAAGUGAAAUAGAGCCGUCUAUUAUAAAGAUUGUACCACAAACGCAAGCCGCUUCUAAUGCCGAGGUAAACGCUGAUGACGAAAAUCAUCCAAUGAAUACAUCAACCGAAUGUAAUCAAAAUCCUCAACCACAACCUGUGCUGACUCAAAUGCGAAUAAAAUUGCCUAUGUUAAGUAAAGCACCCCAAAUGGUCCCUGGUGCCCGAGUUGUUAGGCCAUCGUUUUUCCAAAUCCAAAGAAAUGUUAUAGGCGGAGCAAACCAGCCCGUAUAUCAACAGUUGGUUUUAACAGCAGCUCCCCCACUUGGUCAACAAACGAUAAGGCUUCCACAAUCACAAACAAGGUCUGUUAAAGUUGAAAGUCAAACUUCAGAAUCUCAUAUGAGUACUUCUACCUUGGAACAGUUACGAGAAUUUGACAUGGUUUUGGAACAAGUGAAAGAACGAAGCACCGGUCAACCUAAUUCAGCGUCUAGCAGCAAGUUUAAGUUCUAUGCCUCAUCCACUGAUACUACAGACACCACUGUUUCUACAAGCAAUACACCAACAGAAACAACGCAAGUGCUUUAUUCUAUCGGUAGCAACCAGCCUCUAAAUGUUGCUUACGUAAACAGAAAAGCUACAGUAUCAACACCUACAACAUGUACAUUUGUGCGGUCGCCAGACUCCUCAGGUAUAAUAGACUCGCCUUCAUCAUCUAAUCAUGUUCAGUUACCGCAGACAAUUGAAGCAUCUACGAGUGAAACUGUUACUAAUGCUCAACCAAAACCAAAGUUCAAGUCUAAGUCCCGGCCUAAACACCACCACUCCCCGAAAGUAAAUUCAUUGCCUCCAAAAGCGUCAACUCAGAAACCGUUAGAAGAUGAACAAACUACUCAGAGGAUUCUCUACAUAUUGGCGGAAUACAAGGAACAAGUUGAAAAUUCACCGGAUAAAGAUAAACCUGCACCUCGUAGAAGAUCUAACCCACCGACGAAUCCACCAGGUUCUUCCAAACGUAAGAAAAGCUCCAGUGGUUCGAGAAGGUCUGAUACGCGAGAUGUCAGUCCUGUUCUUGGAGAAGACACUUGCCGCACAAUGGGUUCUGAAGACAGUAGCUGUGGUACGUCGCAAGAAGACUGUGCCGAAAGUUGUCAUGAAAACCAAUCACCGCAAGAUAGCCCACGCAAAGUUGCUCGAAAACUGACAUUUGAACCAGAGCGUCCUGUGACUCCACCGCCAAGACCGGCCCCGCAGCAACGUAACGUCAUUGUGGCGGACGGACAAACCAUUACCGUUGCUAGGGGAACAGCCGGAAAACCAACAGCGGCAGUUCUCAUGCCGGCAAAUUACAUCUUGCCUGUAUCUAUGAUGAAAGGGGGGAAACAGAUUGCAAUUGUGACUAAUCGCGUACCAAAGCUUCUUACAGUCGGCGGCGGUGAGAGUGGGGCUACAAAUGCACUGUUACUACAACGUUUGAUUGGUCCGGCGGGACUGAAACCAGUUUUAUCACGUCCGGGAGUUCGCCACGUGAGAUUACCUACGGCAGCGCUACAUAAUCUCCAAGCGUUUAACCUCGCGUCUGCAACGAGUGGUCAUCCACCUGACAGCACAGCGUCGCCUGCUUCGGCCCACACACCACCAGAACUCGUGGAUACUCAUCCGACAAGCUCACCAUGGACGGACAGACAAUCAGAGAGCACUAAACCAUCGGAGCGUACCUCGAGUCCCGAGGGAUCGUGGCAUCUGCCGUCUUCAGCUGAUCCUACAGACUACUGUUAUGAAGAGACCGUGCGUGCAACCGAAAGCUUGAGUCGAACAGUUCUGGUGGUGCAGAAGAAAGAAGGGACAGGUCACCGGCAACAUAGGCUCACGCAAAUCUCAGCGGCCGCAUUAAGACACAAAUAUGCCAUUUUGGAACAUGAGUUGAGAUUGCAGAAAUCUCUCUCGGAAGAGUGCGAAGACUUGGGUGUGGACUCUCCAUCGGCAUCAGAACUGUUCCCUGAAGCAGAACUGUUAUUCGCCAACUCACCAGCGCAUGAUCAUGCGCAAGACGCGCCGCAUCAUUCUCAUACUCCACAACCAAUAAUCCAGAACCAAACUGUGAUCCAACCCGAUAUAGACGAUCAAAUGGCAACAGACCAUCUGCUCCGUCAAAACAACGUUCACGACCAACAAGACUUGAACCUUGGACUUGAAGACGUUGGCAUAGUGACUGUGAACGAGGAUGGCAUGGCCACUAUUGCGCUGGACCAGGAGGAGUUUGCAAGAAGCCAUCCCAAUACUACUUUCCAUAGUGAGCCUACGGAAGAUGGUGAGGUACAACCAUUCACAAUAACAGGAAUAAAGGGUAGGCAGAUAUCUACGAUAUUCCACGCCAAUCGGGCACCUGCCACCGUCCUAAUGACAGCUCCACAAACCACCGUGAUCUCACAAGCUACUGCAGCAACUUCACACUCUGUCAAAUACGCCGACCUUGAUAAUAUCAUUGAUCACGUCGAACACAUACCAGGACCACAUAACAAUAACAUGAAUUUAUCUUCGGUAUUGGUCAAAGAUGAUGGUCUUACCAGAUUCGAUAACAUCUUAACUGAUACUCGAGAGUUGCACCUUUCUAAUACCGCAUCGGCGAUAGUGCAUUCAGUAAAUACCACGCAAGUGAUCAGAAGGGUUUGCUAUGACGAUAAAAGAGAAAGAGAUACGAGCUUCUUAAUGGAUGAACCUGAUGCCCUAAUAGCUGGAGAUGACGCGAAAAUGACAGCCGAAGACUCCAGGGAUGCUACUUUGGAAUCUAUGAGAGGAGAUGUGGACGACGACAACUCGUCUCCGGAAAGACAUGCAGAAUUGUUCUGGGAAUCAAAUUCAGCUUCUGAAAGGUCUGAAGGUCGCCGACCUUUAGACUUUAGCAGUGAUAGCGACAAAUGUUGCAAGAGCCCGUUAUACGAUACCAAUUCGACUGAUUCAAGUGGGGUUGGUACACAUAUGAGAUUGGAUUCGGUGAUAAAAGAAGCGAGACUAGAACGUAGUGGAAGCGCGGACGGCUCCUCUGCCGAUGACACACAUCCGCCGCUGCGUACCUACCCGCCUAAACGCAUGUAUCAUACUAUGGAAGGAGACAUGGAAAGGAGUCUAUCGGGGAAGACGAGAGCUGGUGAACGAUCUCCGGACCUGGAAGUGCGACGGCGUGCGUCAGGACGCGGAGUUGUGAAGCGAGGGUGUCUCUGUUGCAACGGCUCUCCUACCCCACAAAGACCAAAAAAGCCACGGCAAAGGAAACCUACUAUGGACUUUACUUCUCAUCACUAAAUACGUAUAAAACUAAGGUUGAUGAUAUUUAUUCUCCGACAUUACACAAUCUCGUAACUAUCAAAAGAUCGGACUUAUGUGAAAGAUAGAGAUGGAAGUAUACUUGUGUCUUUCUUUUAAGUAACCAUGUGUCUCUUUUCUGUAAAGGGAACUAAACUCAUGACAGCUUUAGUUCAUAUUUUUGGACGAAUAUCGGAAUUUAAAGAUGUACUUUUCUUGGGCUGUGUCAUUACAAUGUGAAAUGUAAUUCACGUUUACCUUGACUGAUCGCGAUCUCCUUAUCGACGAAACUUUCACUUAGGUAUACUAUAAUGAAAAAUUGUUGAAAUUGUUUUGUAUAUAAUUUUUGUAUGUAAUACGGUAGCUAAGUUCAACUGCGGGUUUUUCAUAAAUGAUUUUUAUUUUGUUAAUUAUUAAUCUUAAGCUUUUGUUCCUUUAGGUGUUAUUUCUACGUUAAUAACCCUUGAUUAGUUCAAAGUUUCAUAUUAUUUCGACAUUAUAUUUUGAUUGUUAAAUUUUUCUUGUAAUAUAUCCAUACACUUUAAUAUGUAAUUGUAUAAAACUUAGGUUACCUCCAAAAUAAACGUAAGUGUUUCCCAUAGUGAUUACAGGCCAUACUCAAAAUGAGAAUUUAAUCGUCUUAAUAGCUAUAGAUUGUAUCCAUUUAUAAUAAAAACAACUCUUUAUUUGCUAGACUGACUGGAUUGAUUUCCUAUGUACGUUGCCAUUAAUGUUUCUUGUUUUUCCAAUACUAUUAUUGCGUAGCUUUAGUUGAACUUCCAAUCUGCACAAAUUAAAGGAAGAGGACGUCGAGCUUUAAUGGUUAUUUUUGAGACUUUUUGAGGAAAGAAUUUUCGUGCUUCUUACGUUUCCAAAGGGCGUUCACUGUCGCUAUAUAUUAGAUAAAUCUAACAUUUAGUAGCAUCGUGGUAAGCUAGUGUGAAUUUAUCCAUAGUGUAAGUGUAAAUAUAUUUUGUCCCCAACUUUGUUUAGGGGACCGUCUAGUCACUAUUGAUACCCGAGUAUGAUAUAGUAUCUAUUGUUUUACCCGAGUAUGAUACUAGCAAUCGCUUUGUUCCCGGCUGCAAGCCUAGAACGUUGUAAUUUCAGUGUUUCAAGCCGAUGUAUAUAAAUGAUAAUCCGGGUAAAUGUUGGGACAAACAUACAUUUUUUUGUCAAGAAACAAAAACGUUGCAUUUUCGUAUUUAGCCACGUUCAUUCCUACUGUAAAUAGAUAAAGGUGUUUAAAUAUAGCAAAUUUAGUGAUUUGACCGUUCGGUCAUUACUAUAGUGAAAAAAUUGUAACUGGCGUCUCGUAUUAAUUCGGGUCGGAGCAUAACCCAAAUAGUUCCGGACGUUUUUUGUAGCUGUAAGAAUAUAUUAGUUGAAGUCAUGCCUGGCGUCUAUAGUCCGAGAAAUAUAAAUUAAUCGAAUAUACAUCGAUUUAUCGAUCGCUACUAACUAAAAAAAUCAAUAUUUCGGCUACAGGCACUAAUCAUUAAUAAAAUCCAUUGUAAUGAGAAACGUAUUUUAAUCUGUGGGUUUUUCGAAAUCUGUUUUACUUUUGGUGAUUUUAUUUUGCCAUUUCUAAAAGUUAAGGUUCGAAAAUUUUAUAUAUUACCUAUUUAAAUCAUCGUGUUGUUAUUGUUCAGAACUAUAGGUAAGUAUACCUCCGAUAUUAUUGUCAAAAUACAGUAUUGCUGCUG